AGGACAGCAGCGGGGGGACGUGCCCCAGCACCGCAUAAAAAGCCCUCGGCGGGGACGGGGAGCAGGCAGCACCCCGAGCAGAGCCCCCAGCAGCACUGCCGGAGCCGUGGGAGCGGGACCAUGGAGCAGUACUUCUCAGCCACCCAGAAGAUGGAGCAGGAGGUGAUGUUCCCCAGCCUGCUGCGAGGGGUCUUCCCGCAGCAGGAGGGGACGGCCCCGGCCACGGGCAGCCACGCGGACCUCUACGAGCGCUACCAGCUCCUCAAGGCCAUCAAGCCCAUGGUGGAGAAAGGGCUGGCCUCUGUCAACGAGCAGUGCCUGAGCGGUGCCGACGCCGAUACCGCCCCAGGUGAGGGUGCAGACAGCAAUCUGGAAGAGCGCCUCUCCCACCACGUCAACGGCUUGCAGCAAGUUCUGACAGACCUCACCAAAAACACCAACGCCCUCACCCGGAGGUACAGCCAGAUCCUGGAGCAGAUCAACCUCAGUGAAGAUCAGUCCAGGUCUUGAUCCUGCACCCCCAUCCUCUGAGGGUGAUCCAUCGUCUGCAGCCCAGCGGCACUUUUUCCGCUGCGCCAAGUCCCACUGAAGAAGGUCCUCUGUGAGCAGUGCAGACCUUUGCCAGCUGCCUGCCAGGCACUGCCUGUACCAUCCAACUCGCCCUGCGGUCAAUCCUGCCAGCAACCUUGCUGCUUUGUUUCACCCCUGUCCCAGGGGGAUUUCUGUGGGGCAGA